AUGGCACCUUUCAACAAAUUUGCCAAGAAACUACACUUGGAUAAAAAAUCUUCCAACUCAUCUACUGAUAACACUAACAGUAAUAAAAGCUAUGAUUUAAAUACUACACCAAAUACCUCGAUGUCGAGCAAUGGGAAGUUUGCAAACGCUAGCGCAACCAGUUCAUCAUUUGUUAAUAAUUCUUUUAGUAAUAAUAGUUUUAACCCAGAAAUUCCUAAUAAACAAUAUAAACCAGUUUUCCAACCUAAAUCACAACAACUUUCAAAGAAUUCAUUUAAUACUGAUGAUCACAGAGGCAUUGCUAGCGCUAAGAUACCACUGCCACAGCAAACGAGAAUAUUUCCUACACCACAGCCAGUUCAACAGCGUAAUGUUUCUGGUGCAGUUACAACUUUGCAUCAUAAUCAAAAAGAAUACACCCCAUGGAAUAGAAUAAAAUUGACAAACUCACCAUUCCCAAGAUAUAGGCAUGUUGCUUCUUCGUACGAGUCUGUAGAUAAUGAAAUUUUUGUUAUUGGUGGUCUUCAUGAUCAAUCAGUGUAUGGAGAUACAUGGUCUAUCACAUCAACUAAUAAUGGGACUCAAUUCAUUUCAAAGGCUCUAGAAAUAUUAGAUCUGUCCCCUCCACCAAGAGUUGGGCAUGCUUCUACGUUAUGUGGAAAUGCAUUUGUAGUGUUCGGUGGUGAUACACACAAGGUUAAUAAGGAUGGUUUGAUGGACGAUGAUAUAUACUUGUUUAAUAUCAAUUCUCAUAAAUGGACAAUCCCUAGUCCAGUCGGACCUCGUCCUUUAGGUAGAUAUGGCCAUAAAAUCUCUAUUAUCGCAACAUCAUCUUCAAAAACAAAAUUAUAUCUAUUUGGUGGUCAAUUUGAUGAUACUUAUUUCAAUGAUAUAGCUGUCUUUGACUUAUCAUCGUUUAGACGUGCAGAUUCUCAUUGGGAAUUUAUAAAGCCAAAGGGAUUAAUACCUCCACCAAUGACAAAUCAUACGAUGGUAACAUACGAUAAUAAACUGUGGGUGUUUGGUGGUGACACUAAAGAUGGCUUGAUAAAUGAUAUUUAUGCAUUCGAUCCAGCUGAUUCUAUUAAUACUUGGACUAAAAUUGAUGUGACUGGGGACAUACCAUGUCCAGUACAAGAACAUUCAGCAUUGAUAUAUGAUAAUUUAAUGUGUGUUAUAGGUGGUAAGGAUGAAAAUGAUAUGUAUUUAAACUCUGUUCACUUUUUUAAUUUUGAUAAACUAAAAUGGUUCAAAUUUCCAAUUUUUAAAUCGGGCAUAAUGCAAGGCAGGUCUGGUCACUCUAUCUCUUUGUUAAAUAAUAACAAAAUUUUGAUAAUGGGAGGUGAUAAGUAUGAUUUUGCUCGUCCAUCUGAAGCGGAUCUACAUACUUCAGACACUAACCAAGGUGCUGGUACUAUUCUAUAUACCUUAGAUCUUACUCGCUUACCUGAAUUAUGUGCAGGAAUUAAUGAUAAACCCACAGAACAAAUUGAUCUCUCAACAACAUAUAUUACACCAUCUACACCACAACUGAAUAAGACAAAACCUCCUACUACACAAAAUGAUAUGAUUUUAGCUGCGGUAGAUGAUCAAAAUGCAAUUUUAACACCGUAUGCUAACGAUAAAGUCAGCAAGACUCCAACUAGUGAAUCUUCUAAUACAUUCUCACAAGAUAAUGUUACAUCAUUGAAUAACAUUGAAAAAAAUACAAAAAUGGCAGCUAUUAAACCCAAUGAGCUAUUACCUGUGGUUACUCCGACUCAAGUUGGAGAACAAGAUACAAAUAAUUAUUUACAAAUUGAAUCAGUAGUGGAACCAGUUGAAAAUGCUGAUAAUUUUACUACUUCCGCAUCAACUUCAGGUUUAAUGGAUGAAGGACUUGCAAUUGCAACUGUUGUGUCAUCUCCUACCAAAGUUUCACUGCAGAAUAACACAUUGGAGGAAAAAAAUAUCAAUGAAAUAUCAAAAGUUGCUAUUCCUGAUGACACGAAUGCUUCUCCAUUGGCUAGUAGAACAGUUGUAAAUGACGAAGUAAUAGAUACAACAAAAUCAGAUAACGUUGCAGAAAAGCAUUCCUCAAAAGUAUAUAUUGAGAAAUCUGUUAUUGAACAGCUUCGUCUACAGCUUGAAGAAAUAAAAAGAGAAACCCAGAAAUCAGCAAAGGAGGCAAGUGAUCAUAUCCAUGUCCUUGAACUAGAAAACAAAAAUUUAAAAGCUAAUUCUGUGAACAUUUCUACUGAUGAUUUAGCUAACUUGAAAUCACACACACAAGAAUUAGAAGCUGACAUUAUUCAAAUUAAUACUAAAAAUAAGGAAUUAGAAACAUUAUUAGAUGCUUCAUUUCUUGAUGUUGAACAUUUAAAUAAAAUAAUAAAAACACAAAGCAAGAAACUAUCUACAUUAUAUGAUUCUCAGUUACUCCAACAAAGAUAUGAUGAUUUAGAAACUAAAUAUAACUUUCUAAUGCAUGAGAAUGAAUCUCUUAAAUCUAAACUGGAUGCUAUUGAUGGAAUUACUUUUAAUAAGCAUGUUCAUAACUAUUCCUCUAAAUUGGAUCAGAUGAUUGACCACUGGAAAAAUUCAAAAUUACCGAGCAUUAGUGAAUCACCACGUGCAGAAGGUAAUGGAAAAUUACUAGCAUCCAGUCGUUAUCAUCAACAAAUCAUAGACAAUCUAUCAACAAAGUUAGACAAUUUAAUUAUAAAUAGCGAUGAACUGUUGCAUACGAAGGAAAGAUUGAGUACCGAAUAUAAAUCAUUUGAGAUGAAACACACUUCUUUGAGUCAGGAAUUUAUCCAGAGACAUUCCGAACUAACAAAGGCUGAACAAGAGUACAAAAAUACCUUAAAUUCAGUGGGAACUACAUUGAAAGAACUUGCAUCUGUGCAAAAGGAAUUGGUAAACACCACUGUUAAUAGUGAUUUAAAGAAUAAGAUAGACAAUACAGAGGUAGCUGAAAAAAAUAAAGAAGACCCAGAAUACGCUAUUCCAGAACAUUCAGAUGAAAAAGUUACAGCAUCCAUGGAUUCACAAUAUGAUAACAUAUUAUGA